AGCGCGGCGGAGUGAAGAAGAAGUGCAGGCCGGGACGAGAGCAGCUAGCCCUUCAGACGCAGAAUCUACGAUGAGAACGAUAGAGGCAGUAGAGUUGUGCUUGAUAGUGACCAUACUGGCUUGCUGCCUGACCGCCACACACGGUGGAUGUCACGCAUACGGACACGCUUGCCUGGGAGGUAUGGGCAAGCGCGCCGAUGACGCCGCCCUGCAGAGUUCUCUGCAGCUGUCACGUGACGACACGCAGCGCCCUCGCACGGCGCACGGAUACUACAACCAGCUGCGGCAGCUUCUGCAGCGCGUCGCAGCACUCGAUCGGCAGAAGCAGACGGCCAGGAUGACGUCACAAAAUGACGACUUCCGACGAGACGUCGGCGACUACAGCGACCGCUUCUAUCCCGUCGACGAGCGACGAACGUACGCCGACGACGACGGCGGCAUCGCGACGGGCGACUUAGGAAAAUUGAUCGACCAAACUCGGAGGUUAGGCGGCAUAUCGAAGAAAUGGCAGCAGCCACUGAUGGACCCGUCCUCCAUGGGUGACGACAGCGAGGAUGUGGAAGGCAUCAACGACGUAAGAUGGCUUCGGAAAAGAUCGAUUUCCACCAGUAGGAGGCGCUAGAUGCUGACAUCGGCGGCGCGAGUGCGUGCGAGAGCGGGGGCGACUCAAGAAGAUGCAUGCGCAACACACUUCACAUCAUGUUUAGCGUGAGCGUCACUAGGGGGCGCAGCGGACGUCGAGGUGCACGUGUAGUGUAGUCGAUGAUCUCGCCCCAAACAGCAUCAGCAACAACAAUAACAAAAAGAACGUACUCUUAAUGUCCACACCGUUUCGUCAGUGUAUUGUAGCAAUGAUAGCAACCUAUGUAUGCGCGCAGACCCCAAAAACGAUUAGAAAGAGAGAGAGAGAGAGCGCGCGCGAGAAAUAGAGAGAAAGAAAAAGCGAGG